CUGAACGAUCAGAUCAAUUCAAUUCCAUUCCAUUGCUGCAAUGGUAUGAAGAUAGAUCCAAACAAAAUGACUCCAACUUGAAUCGAAUCACAAUUCUUGAUUUCCGAUUCCCAAAUUCCUUCAAAUCAAUGGCCGGAGUGUCGGUGGCCGCCGAGUGGCAGCUGCUCUACAACCGCUACUACCGGAAGCCGGAGCUCUACCAGUUGCAGUGGAAGAACGUUGACCUCUCCCGCAACAAAGUUGCCUGUGCUCCCUUCGGGGGUCCAAUCGCCGUUAUUCGUGAUGACGCCAAGAUCGUCCAGCUCUUCGCCGAGUCUGCUCUUCGCAAGCUGCAGAUCUUCACCUCCUCCGGCCGUUUGAUUUCCGAGACCGUAUGGAAGAAUCCCGGCGGCCGCCUAAUAGGCAUGUCCUGGACCGAUGAUCUAACCCUAGUCUGCAUCACUCAGGACGGCACUGUCUAUCGUUACGAUAUCCACGCGGAAUUGGUCGGUACCUUCUCUUUAGGCAAAGAGUGCUUCGACAACAGCGUCGUCGAGUGUGUGUUUUGGGGGAACGGAGUCGUUUGUAUCAACGAGGCUCUCGAGGUUUUCUCCGUACCGGAUUUUAAGUCCCCGAAGACGGUUAAAUUGGCGGAUUGUAAUUUGGAGGAGCUGCCCCUCUGUCUGGCGGUGAUCGAGCCUCAGUAUACGAAAUCAGGAGAUGUGGAGGUGCUGCUAGGGGUUGGAGAUCAUGUGCUGUUGGUGGAAGAGGAUGGAGUGCAAACCCUAGCUCAAGGGAUGGGACCAUUUCAGAAGAUGGUUGUGUCAAGGAAAGGGGAGUUUGUUGCUUCCUUCACUCAUGAUGGAAGGCUUCUGGUCUUGUCUACUGAUUUUGCUGAUGUUAUCAUCGAAUACGAAUGUGAGUCAGCUCUUCCUCCUGAUCAACUGGCUUGGUGUGGACUGGACAGUGUGUUACUCUAUUGGGAUGACAUGCUACUGAUGGUUGGCCCUUAUGGGGACCCGGUUCGAUACAUAUAUGAUGAGCCUAUUAUUCUUAUCCCAGAGUGCGAUGGGGUGAGGAUACUUUCUAAUACAAGCAUGGAGUUUCUACAUCGAGUUCCAGACUCUACCGAGUCAAUCUUUAAGAUUGGAAGUACCUUGCCUGCUUCAUUAUUGUACGAUGCCCUAGAGCAUUUUGACAGGAAAAGUGCUAAGGCUGAUGAGAAUUUGAGAUUGAUCCGAUCUUCACUUCCCGAAGCUGUUGAGGCUUGUGUUGAUGCUGCUGGUUAUGAAUUUGAUAUUUCGCUGCAACGGACAUUACUGAGAUCUGCAAGCUAUGGACAAACCUUUGCUAGUCAUUUUAAUCGUGACCGUAUAAAAGAGAUGUGUCAAACCCUUCGUGUCUUAAAUUCUGUACGUGAUGCGGAAAUUGGUAUUCCUCUAAGCAUCCAGCAGUACAAGCUACUUACUCCUCCUGUUCUGAUUAACCGUUUGAUUAAUGCUCAUAAACAUCUUCUAGCUUUGCGGAUAUCUGAAUACCUUUCUAUGAAUCAAGAGAUUGUGAUAAUGCACUGGGCGUGUACAAAGAUAUCAACAUCUGCAGCAACUUCAGAUACUAGUCUUCUUGAAAUCUUACUUGACAAGCUCAAGAUUUGCAAAGGACUAUCGUAUGCUGGUGUAGCUGCUCAUGCUGAUAAGAGUGGCCGUAGAAAGUUGGCUGCUAUGCUGGUUGAACAUGAGCCUCAUUCUGCCAAACAGAUACCUCUUUUGCUAAGCAUUGGAGAAGAAGAUACUGCACUUGUGAAGGCUACGGAAAGUGGUGAUACUGAUCUUGUGUAUCUUGUCCUGUUUCACAUAUGGCAUAAGAGAGCACCAUUGGAGUUUUUUGGAACUAUACAAGCCAGACCCCUGGCCCGUGAUCUUUUCAUCACCUAUGCACAGUGUUAUAAACAUGAAUUCUUGAAGGACUUCUACCUAUCCACCGGGCAACUACAGGAUGUGGCCUUUCUAUUGUGGAAGGAGUCGUGGGAAUUGGCAAAAAAUCCAAUGGCUAGCAGAGGAUCCCCUCUUCACGGUCCACGUAUUAAACUAAUUGAAAAGGCUCAUAAUCUUUUCAUGGAAACAAAAGAACAUGUCUUUGAGUCCAAGGCUGCUGAGGAACAUGCAAAAUUGUUGAGAAUUCAACAUGAACUGGAGGUUUCUACAAAGCAGGCCAUUUUUGUUGAUUCAAGUAUCAGUGACACAAUUCGCACGUGUAUUGUCCUGGGAAAUCAUAGAGCUGCCAACAAGGUUAAAACUGAAUUUAAGGUCUCAGAGAAGAGGUGGUAUUGGCUCAAAGUAUUUGCUCUGGCAACAAUUCGAGAUUGGGAUGCACUGGAAAAGUUUUCAAAAGAAAAGAGGCCUCCAAUUGGUUACCGUCCAUUUGUGGAGGCUUGUGUUGAUGCGGGCGAGAAAGAGCAAGCGCUGAAGUAUAUUCCCAAGCUCGCCGACCCCAGAGAAAGAGCUGAGUCCUAUGCUAAAAUUGGAAUGGCGAAGGAAGCUGCAGACGCUGCAUCUCAAGCUAAGGACGGGGAACUGCUUGGGCGAUUGAAACUUACUUUUGCACAAAAUGCUGCAGCUGCAUCUAUUUUCGAUACUCUGAGGGACCGGCUGUCCUUCCAAGGUGUUUCUUAGUCCUUCUUUGCUCUGACCUCUGUGAUGAUUCUACACGGGGAUUGGUUUUGGUCUUUUGGCGUCGCCGUGCAGACACAGAGGUAACCCGAAAACCUUACCUUGAGUCUUUGUGUAAUUUUUUUUUUUGUUUGUUUUUGUUUUUUUUUCUAUGUGGUUGCAUCUCUACAUGCAUUAAUUUCUCUGAAUUUGAUUACUUCUUGUGUAUUGUAUUAUUCACGUUUGUUUCUUUAUUUGGGUUUGUCGUGUUGAAAUAGUUUUCUUUGUUGAUAUGUAUGGUGGGUUGCAAAAGAAUACUUUGAUGUUAAAGUUGCGUUUGUAAAGAUUGAAUUUUUAACCCCUUCUAAUGUAGAGAUCUAUAUUUAAUGUUUUCUUAUCAA